AAAAUGCAACGAGGACAACCAACAACACUCAAAGACAAUUUUGCUAAGAUUGUUAUUCCUAAAUAAUCAUCUCAACCUAACAUUAAUCCAGAAUAUAACAAUUUCUUUCAUAUUCCUCCAAAAUUUUAGCAGUAGCGUUUAACUAUUAAAUAAACUGUGACAACUUCAAAAUCUAUAGAAGAGAAACGUUAUAAACAACAUAAAAACAAUAUUUCGGAAAAUACUAAUAAUCGUACAAAUAGCAGUUCCAAAAGUCGUAUACUUGGAACAAUGUAAAUUGAAGAUGAUUCAUCAUAAAGUUCUUAAAAUGUUUUAAAACUUAAAAAAAUAGUGGGUGAUACUCAUUUAAUUCCAGCUAACAUUCUUCAACAAUUGUAAUCCUAAUUUCAUUAUAUAGAUCUAAAUAGAAUCAAAAUACUAAUCUCACCAGUGAUUCUUAAAGUCCUGGAUAAAGAAAACCUAUACAGAAAAAUAAUGAACUUUAUAAUCUUAAUACCUAAAUUCAAUCAAUCAUUAUCAAAAAAAAAUAUCAUUCCAAAUGGGAAAUUUAUAAAGAAUUAUUGUUAAAAUAAUGUAAUCUAUUAAAUGUAUACAAACAUUAAUUUAUUUAAUCUACUUCAUUAAAUGAUAUAUCUAUUAGAAUCAUUAAUAGUUUAUUCGAGAUGAUGAAUAAUAUAUCAAUUGAAAUAUUAUGUGAAUAAGAAUCUAAAUUCAAUGAAAUUAUUGAUAAAGUCAAUCAUGAAAAAGAAAUUUACUUAAAUAAUUAUAAAAUUAUUGAAAAAGAAAGAGAUGUUUUAAUUGAUACUCUCAAUCAACUUAAAUCACCUAAAUAAUCAACUAAUACUAAUUAAAUUGAUAGUAUGGAUACUAUAUAAUUAAAAGAAAUGUAGAAUGCUAUGCAAAUUAAAUUGUAGCAAAUGAGUGAUAAAGAAGCUAAACUAAUUAAAUUGGUUUUAGCUAUCAAAAGAAGUGGAAUUGAUAUUGAAAAAAUAUAUAAUGAAGAAGUUCUUAAUGAUGAUAGUCUACUUGAAUCUAAUAAUUAAUAACUUUUAAUUAAACAUUAUCAUUUUGAUAAAAAUGAACAUGAUGCUGAUAAUUCUGUUGUUAAUGAUUCUGAUGAAUCCAGUUUUUGCUUUCUUAAUAAAUUUGAAAAUGAUUCUAUUAUAGAAAGUGUAAGAUAAUUUUAAUAUAAAAACAUCACUAAUCUCGAAGCUAAAACCAAUAAUGUAAAACUUAAAUUAGAUCUAUCGAAUAUAUAAUCAAAAACAUAAACUACUCAAAUAAAAUUGUAAAAUAAUAAUAAAACAUAAUCAACAUAAAUAAAUUAGUAAAAGCUUAAAUAACCUGAAAAUUAAGUUACUUCUGGUUUUCAUUAAGAAAUUAUUCAAAAAUUAAAUGAAUUUUCUGAAAGUUGGAGAAUUUAAUCAUUAAAAGAUGAAAAAAGAACUAAAUCUUGA